AUGUCGUCGCAACUUUUGACGGUCCUUCUCCUUCUACCCAUUGUCACGAUCCACCACCUACCCGUCGUGACUUGCAGACAAUGGUGCAUGCCCCUGCCUACUGCAUCAGAUGAACAGUUACAAGCCAACAUUGACUACUGUUGCAGCAAUGGCGUCGAUUGUAGUCAGAUCAGCCCCGGUGGAGUAUGCUUUGAACCAAACACUCUUCUAGACCACGCCUCGUAUGUUAUGAACGCUUAUUACCACAGUCAUGGUCGCGUUGAGGAAUCUUGUAGGUUCAACAGAACCGGUAGUUUUGUUUUUGUCGACCCGAGUAAUGGUCCAUGUAUCUACUACACUUAG